AUGGCUUCCUUCGAUGCUAUUUUGCUGCAAACCCCCAUCGAUGCUCUCCAGCUAGGUAGAUCUUCUCAGUUCAUUGUCGGGAAGCUCUUGCUUUUUUGGGAUUCGAAAAACAUCAAGAAGCAAGGUGAAUUUAUGGAAAUCACGGUCUUCUCAUUGAUGAAAAGGAAUGUGUUAUUCAUGGAUUCAUCACUGCUGGUCGCACUGCUUACUACCGGUCAUCUUUACGCGAGGGCUCAGUGA